GCAGGGGACUAAAGGGAGCGGGCGAGUUUAGGGGAGCACCUGUGGGCGACGAAAAUGGGGGGCUAGGUUUACACUCAGGCCCUGGCCCUGCCUGAUCUCCACUCGCGCCCUGCGGAGUGGCGCGUACUAAAGGCGCGGGGGCGCAGGGGGCGGUGGAUCCGCAGGGUCCGCCCCGCGAGCUUCGGGCUCCGCCCCCGUCUGUCCCUCCAGCCCCGGUGCAGCUGCUUCCGGGCUCUGCGGCUCCAGAAGGCUUGGUGAGGCCGCGGCCCCGACGCCGGGGCCCGGGAGGGGUCGCAGCGCACAGCUCCCGGACGCCUAGAUCCCCAGGCAGGCCCGCGCUUGGCCUCGAGACGAGGAUCUCCCAAGAUAUUUCUGGCCUGACCUUGCGGAGGCCGCGUCUCAGCUGCAUGCUUGGGUCCCGGUCGGGCCGCUUUGUAGGAUUCAUAGGUCUCUAAAUCAAAGGAAGAACGCUGCUGAGUGGAGUUUGCUCAACACCUCUCUCCUAACCCCCCAAUAGGAGACUGCCUAUUCUUGAGCUCCCUUAGGUCAGCAGUUCAGGACUCUCCAGAUUGGGAGCAACUGAGAACCCAGGGCCACCUUCCUUCCUUCUUGGAUGGAGCACCGCCUCCCCAGUUUCUGGGGCACCUUGGGGCGUGGCCUUGAACUGAAAAGGAAACAAGCUGCUUGUCACACUUGAAGCUGCACGACCGUUCAGGAAAGUGUGGAGCCACUUCUGAUUUCAGAGUAGGAAUCACCAAAAAGAUAACAGUUCUUCUGAGCUUGAACAGAUCCUGGCUUUUGAGGAGACAGCCCCUAAACCUGAGAAUCUAAGCAGUGCGAGGAAGCAGCCGCAGAAUUUGGGGGCUCAUUACACAUCCCAGCCAUGUUCCUGCGACGACUUGGUGGCUGGCUACCUCGCCCCUGGGGCCGCCGGAAACCAAUGAAACCUGACCUGCCUGCCCCAGAACCCAGACCAGUGGACAGCUCCUCUGAGAAUUCAGGGAGUGACUGGGAUAGUGCCCCAGAAACCAUGGGAGAUGUGGGGCCUCCCAAGGCCAAAGACCCAGGGGUACGGAGGAGCUGUGGGGCUCCUCCACAGCCAAGCAGGGAGUCCCAAGAUGAGCAACUGGGGAGCAAAAGAAUGGAUUCCCUCAAGUGGGACAAGACUAUCUCUAACACUCAAGAGUCUGGGAGACUGGAGACUGGAGGGACCAUUCCCAAACUUGGACGGGAUCCUGUGGACUCAAGUGGCACCAGGAAAUCUGGAGUGUCCCCUGAAGGGGGACUGAGCCCCACCGGGCCUGAAGUCCCAGUGGAGAAGCCAGGGCGGCAUCAGAAACUGCUGGGCUGGCUACGGGGGGAUCCAGAUGGGGGAGCAGGGGCUCCCUUGCAGUACCUGGGGGGCCCAGAGGAGUGUCUGCAGAUCUCAACCAACUUGACUCUGCACCUGCUGGAGCUGCUGGCCUCAGCACUGCUGGGGCUGUGCUCAAGGCCUCUGAGGGCAGCUUUGGACGCGUUGGGCCUGCGUGGACCCCUGGGCCUCUGGCUGCAUGGGCUGCUGUGCUUCCUGGCUGCCCUGCAUGGGCUCCAUGCUGUGUUGAGCCUACUUACUGCUCACCCCCUGCACUUUGCCUGCCUCUUUGGUCUCCUACAGGCCCUAGUGCUGGUUGUCAGCCUCCGGGAGCCCAGUGGGGAUGAGGAGGCCACUGACUUGGAGGGCGAGAAGUUGGAGAGGGAGGGUGAGGAGUGGAGGGGAGAUCCAGGAAAGGGGCUGUGACUGCGGGAUAGGGGGUGACCGUAGUGCCCCCACCCUGAAUGGGGUGGGAGCAAGGGUGAAAAUAGUGUGGCCUUUAGGAGAAGAGUGGGGGCCAUGACCCAGAUUGUAAGCACAGGGACCUCAGGGAUGGGGAAUAAACCCCAGGGUAUGAGGGCACAGGGCCCCCCCUUCACACACAGGGGAGAAUAGAGCCGUUUAGGGUAUCUGUUUAUGGACAAUGGGGAUAUUGCCCUUGAAUUCACCAGCUGUUGUUACUUUUUGCUUUUACGUUUCCCCCACUUUCGUUUUUUUUUCUUUCCACCUCUACUUUUUAAAAGAAAAAAAAAAAAAGUGUGGUGGUAACAAAUAAAGACUAAAGGGUCCUCUUUACCUUUCAAAACUACCCAGGGCUGGAGGAGACCAGAGGCAGGACAGACAGACUUCUGACUAGGGUUAGAGGGUGGUUGGAGCCCCAAGGGAUCCCCUUAGAUCUUGGGAUCUGAGCCAUCUAGAGGAGAAUGGGACUGUUCUGUGGGUGGAUUGGGGGUGUGGAUAGGGACCCCAGGUGACAGGGAGCCUGCAGGGAGGGUCUGGGUGUUCCCAGGAGCCAGGGGAAGUGGGAAUGGUGCAGGCAGUAUUGGAAGGAGGGCCAGUUCAGAGGGACUGGCAGCUGAGACAGGCAGUAUGGGGAAGCAUUGGAGCUUGCAGUCUCCACUCUGGGGUUAGGGGUUUGCACACUCAGCAAUAAAUAACUGUGUCACACCAAAUCCUAAAUAUAUCACUACAAAGUGAGACAUACCGCCACUCAGUGUCCUUCCUGACGCCGUCCAGCUGGGGGUUUAGGUGGCAGAAGACCCAGGGGGAGUACUGAAAUGGAGGUAGUGGGAUUGAUGUCUGGGGACAAACCCAAAA